AUGCUGACUCGCCUGCCAGACUCGCAGUCUUCAGAACAGGGCCAAAAACCUGGUGGUCAAACCUCGCUGGCGCCACCGCGACGCCCAACCGGAGCUACCGCUAGUGAUACCCCCGAUUACUUCAACUCUGUCCACAAUCCCUUCUCGCUGGAGCCCAAUCCAUUUGAACAGUCCUUCAGCGGCAACCCCGGUGACACACCCGGCAAGUCGCUACUGCCGCCCGUCGCAUCGCUCACCUCGCCGGCAAUUCCUGGUGCAAGCUCUGCUGGCGGCUACAACUGGUCCAACUCUCUUCGAUCAGGGCCCCUGAGCCCCGCCAUGCUUCCCGGCCCAACUGGAUCUAAUGAUUACUUCGACCAAAUUGGCAGAGGUUUCCCAACUCCCAACGAAUCAUCUCUCCGCACUGGAUUGACCCCGGGGGGUGGUGGGUCGAUGUUCCCAGCACCAAGCCCUAACUCCCAAGCUUUGUUACAACAACUUCAAAACGGCGGUGCCACCCCCUCUACGAUUGAGUUCCACCGCACCGCCUUGAACGCCAAGAAGAACAGCGCGAAUGGUCAAGCGAACGAACAGGACCAGGCCCAGAACGCGAACAUGGAUGUUAAACCUCCUCAAUCUGCGCCUGCAGACCAGUUUACUCAACACGAUGCUGCCGAUGCUGCGAAUGGCCUCUUUAUGCUCGCUAAGGGUGGUCAACCUAACAACAUGCAAAUGAGCCAAAACAUGCAAAAUGCCGCCGCCGCACGCCGCGUAUCGCAGAACACCAACGGAACAAGCGGUCGUGAGAUGAGUGGAGAGGGUUCUGAGCAGGAGCCUACCAAGCCCGCUGGCAAGGGCAAGGGCAAGAAGAAUGCUCCUAAGCCUCACCCCGCUGUUAAUAACCGACGCAAGGCAGACGAUAUUCCUAAAGGUCCUAAUAAGAAGAUGAAGGCCAGCAGUAUGGAGCCGCCAUCCGACAUGGACUCUGAAGACGAAGAGAUGAAGAGAUUAACAUCGGCUGAUCCUAAGAAAAUGACGGACGAGGAAAAGCGACGCAACUUCUUAGAGCGCAAUCGUGUUGCUGCAUUGAAGUGUCGUCAACGCAAGAAGCAGUGGCUAGCCAACUUGCAGGCCAAGGUUGAGCUCUUCACUACCGAGAACGAUGCAUUGACUGCUACUGUUACACAACUACGCGAGGAGAUAGUCAACCUUAAGACUCUUCUACUAGCACACAAGGACUGCCCUGUCUCCCAGGCGCAGGGUCUUGGCCCAUUGAUGAUGAACGGCAUGUCAACAGGGUUUGACCCACAUGGUUAUGGCAUGGCUAGCCAGAUGGGCAUGCAGCCUGGCGGCCCAAUUCCUACCCAGGGCAUGCGCCGAGGUUAA